UAUCGUGAUAGAGUCUGCAGAUGUAGAGGCUGCAGGUCCUGGGGUCAAGCAGGAGAAGACUGAAGGAGAGGAGGAACCAUGGCACAGCAGUAACAUCCAGACUGGAGCUCCCCCUAUAGCCACGGAGGACCUCACCACUGCCACAGUGCUACCCAUGACCCGACGCAGCAUCACGGAGGUCAGUGGAACGCCAAACGCCGUCCUCAAGUCAGAGACCAAUACCAAGACUUUAACGGGGCUGGACUGUCCUGCUCCCCACUCAGAAUAUUUCCAUUACGGUAACCCGAGGACGGUUCUGUCCCAUCAGGACUCAGGUGACACGUUACAGACUGGCAAUGAUCCGUCCUGUUCAUACACAACAGAGAUGAUACCUGGUGACAUGCCUGUGGGCUUAGAUACACAGACUAAUCAAAUGAGAGGGAACUGGAACCAGUACAGUAGUAGUGUAUACUCUGAACGGUGCCUAGAUAAGAAAGGGGAGGGUCUSGUCGUAGAUGAGAUGACUGUGAAAGUGGAGGGCGACGUUCCUGUGACAUGGAAUGCAGACGAGACUCACUUCGGAGAAGGACACUCGCAGGGCAGCACCAGUGACUUYUUAGACUACAGGGAAAGCUUAGAGACAAAUCUAAAUGUCUCGACCCACUCCCCUUUACACCCAGUGUCCAUGUCGAUGGGGCCUUCAGAUUCACAAGGCUGCAUCCUUUUCGAUCAGGUAUUGAACUCAAACAACCAAACGGCCAAGGCGUGGGGAGAGGGAGCAACAACAGGCGGUAAAGAGAAGCAGUUCUUUUGCAUGUUCUGUAACAAAGGCUUCAGCUGCCCACAGAAGGUGGAGAUCCACCAGAGGGUCCACACAGGAGUGAAACCCUUCAGCUGUACCCAGUGUCAUAUGCGCUUUGCCCAUGCUGGCAACCUGAAGAGGCACCAGCGGUUCCACACAGGGGUAAAACCCUUCAAAUGUACCCAGUGUCACAUGCGCUUCACCCAGGCUGGUGACCUGAAGAGGCACGAGAGGGUCCACACAGGGGAGAAACCCUACAGCUGCCCCCAGUGUGAGAAGAGGUUCUCCCGUCAGGACCAGCUGAAGAUGCACUUGAAGGUCCACACGGGAGAGAAGCCGUUCGCCUGUACACACUGYGGGAAGAGGUUCUCAGAGAGGACCUACCUCAGGAUGCACCAGCAAAAACACCAUUCAACUCUAUAACAUAGAAAGUAACCAUUCCACUCGAUAGCUUCUGACGUUUAGAUCCAACYCUGCAUUAAAGACURRGAUGAAUGUUCAUUGUUGUCAGCAGAAAAGAUCCACAGAUACAUUUGGAAUAAAGAGAGUAACAKAUUUCAGUGUUGAAUAUUCCUGGGUAGAAUAUUGCAUCCAGUCAKUGUAUGACAUAUAAGGCAUAAAUAAGCCUACAAAAGUCUGUAACAUAUUGUKGUUGUACUGUGUAGGCUAUAUGAUGUUCACACAUUUUCCCAAAACACUUUUAAUGAGAAAAUWAAAAUUAUAUUCAUCAACUUCAUGCAGAUUUGUAGUUGAGACAUGUGUAUGUGUGGUUUUCAUAUGGUGUGUUUAAAACUUCUUUGUUUAAUAAACACAAAAUGGGACUUUUCA